UCAAGGGGGGUGGGCUCGGGCUCGCGCCGAGUGCCAUGCCGCCGAACGGUGCUGGCUCUGGCUGAGGCCGCUCACCCCCCCGCCCGCGGAGCGGCCCCCACAAGAUGGGCGCGGCCGCGGGCGGCGCGGGGCCCGCGCGGGGCGGCGUGCUGGCGCGGCUGGCGUGUGUCCCGUCGAGCUGCUCCCUGUGCUCGGCGUCGGUCUGGGAGCGGAGCCGCUACGCGGCCCUGCAGGGAUACUGUCGGCCUGCCGAGGAGAUGCUGAAGGUCCCCUCGUACAGCCCCCCGGGCGAGUCUUCCAAGGCCGAGAGCCUGCGUGGUCUCCGGACGGGCACUUCGACCCCGGCCUGCGGAGAUGCGAGAAGGCGCCGCCCAAGGAAGACCCGGGGCCUCGCCCUGCUCGCGGCGGCCCUGGGCGUGCUCGCCCUCGGGGCGGCGGUGCCGGCGCUGAGCGCGUGCGCCCGCGCGGGCGGCCAGGCCUGCGGCCAGGAGCUCGCCGGAUGGGCGUGCCGGGCUCGGCGGCUGCCGCGGGCGCGG